GCCUUCAUAUGCUGAUCAAUGAAGAGUUAACAUCUUAAAAGCUAAACAGAAUGGGAUUAGCUCUUUUAACAAGCGGAGAAGACAAGAGGAUUGGAACCUAGAGUCCUGGAGGACACCAGGACAUUCAGAGGAAGGAACUGCAGGAAGCUCUCUGGAGGAAGCAAGAACUCUUGAGAACUGAGGAGAUGUCACAUCUGGUGGAUCAUACUUCAGGGGACCUGCCAGUUAGAGACGUGAGCUCCGCACCUCUGAUGUUGCCAGCAUCAAAAGGUAAGAGUGUAAAACCUCAACCAUCCUUAAGCAAGAUGAGCCGGGAGGAAUUGGAAGAUGGUUUCUUUCGACUUCGUGACGAGCACCUGUCAGUGAAGGAACUUUUUUGGAAGCAACAGGAUGAGAUAAAAAGGCUGAGGACCACCUUGCUCCGGCUGACGGCUAUGGGCCGGAACCUCCGAGCUGAGGCAUCUGGGGCGCAACUCUCCGGGCCGGUAAGGCAGCGGCAGAAGGCGGGGUGGCUGCAGCACCCCACGACAAAUCGGCUCCAAGGACAGACCCAGCGCGUGGGCCCCUCUGCUCCGCGCCGCGCCCCGUCUCGUGCCCACGGGGAAUCCCGACAGCUCCACACCGCUGGUGCGCAGGUGCCAGAGAAACCCAGGAAGGCGCCAAGGGACAGGCGGAGCUACACAGCCCCUCCCACGUUCAAGGACCAUGUGACAAAUGAAAAAACCAGGGGUGAAAUCACCAGUGAACCCAGCGAACCGGAACAAGUGAAUUGUACUUUCUUUCAGCAAAUCAUAAUUUUGGCUAAAUUCAUUGGUCUAUGCAUGCCUAACAGUGCCCACAUUAUAGCCAAUAACGCUGUGCAAGCAGAAGAGUCACCCGCAUCUCCUGAGAAGGUGGGGUCCAAAGAAGAACAUCUUGCACAGAGAAGCUCAUUGGAGAGUGCCCAGAAGGCCACAGAACUUCGAGCUUCCAUUAAAGAGAACGUGGAGCUGAUUCGACUUAAAAAGCUCUUACAUGAAAGGAGUACCUUGUUGGCAGUGACAACAGCACAGUUAGCAGACGUACAGGAGGCAUAUGAAACCUUGCUCCAGAAGAACCAGGGAAUCUUAGGUGCAGCUCAUGAUGCCCUCCUCACCCAAGUGAAUGAGCUCAGGGCAGAGCUAACCGAGGAGAGCAAGAAGGCUGUGAGCAUGAAGAGCCAACUGGAAGAUGUGUCCAUCCUGCAGAUAACUCUGAAGGAGUUUCAGGAGAGAGUUGAAGAUUUGGAAAAAGAACGAAACUUGCUGAAUGACAAUUAUGACAAGCUCGUAGAAAACAUGCUGGACAGCAGUAGCCAAGCUCACUGGAACAGUGAGCCCACAGGAGAACAGCUACGGCAGCAAGUUUCUCAGUUGCAGGAUCAGCUGGAUGCUGAGCUGGAGGAGAAGAGAAAAGUCUUACUUCAGCUAUCCCGAGAGAAAGCUGAAAAUGAAGAUCUGAAGCUUGAAGUCACCAACAUGAUUCAGAAGCAUAAACAGGAAGUGGAAAUCCUCCAAAGGACAGCCACGCUUGCCCAAAUUCCUGACAGGCAGUCGGAGCCAGCCAUUCACCGAGCUGUAUUCCAAGAGACUGCUCAGAUCGAGCCCAGUGAGCAAAAAAUCCAAGAAGAAAAGAAACUCUGCCAGUUGUUAAGUGAGUUGCAAAUAUCACAUGCAGAGACCACGUUGGAACUGGAAAAGACUAGAGACAUGCUUAUUCUGCAGCGCAAAAUCAACGUGUGUUAUCAGGAGGAACUGGAGGCAAUGAUGACAAAAGCUGAUAAUGAAAAUAGAGAUCACGAAGAAAAACUGGAGAGGCUGAGUCAACUCCUAGACAUCAAGAACAACCGUAUCAAGCAACUGGAAGGUAUUUUAAGAAGCCAUGGCCUUCCAACAUCUGAGCAGCUCAAAGACAUUGCCUAUGGCACUCGACAAAUGUCAGUAAGUCUAAAAACCCUGCCUGCCCUCGGAGAUGAGGAGAGAGCGGAUGUUUCCUUGCUGCGUCAGAGUGACAAUCUUUUCGAACUACACAUCCACCAGGCCUUCCUGACAUCUGCUGCCUUGGCUCAGGCUGGAGAUGCCCGCCCUACUACCUUCUGCACCUAUUCCUUCUAUGAUUUUGAAACUCACUGUACACCACUCUCUGUGGGGCCGCAGCCCUGCUACGACUUCACCUCCCAGUAUGUGGUGGAGAUGGAUUCCCUUUUCCUGCACUACCUUCGAGGGGCUUCAGCCCGUCUUGAUCUGCACCAGGCUGUGGCCAGUGAACACCACACCCUUGCAGCCGGAUGGAUUUGCUUUGACAGAGUGCUAGAGACCGUGGAGAAAGUCCAUGGCUCGGUCACACUUACUGGAGUUGGUGGAGAAGACUUUGGGGUGCUAGAGUACUGGAUGAGACUGCACUUCCCCAUAGGACGCAGCCAACUGGCAUGCAAUAAACAAAAGAAGGCCCAGGCCUACCUGUCAGCCAGCGUACCUGGAGCCUGGGAGGCCAAGGAGGAUGAGUCCAGAUCAAAAGCUUGGCAACCUCAGAAUGAGCUGCGGAUUGAAAUCACCAGGUGCUGCGGCCUCCGGGGUCGCCAGCUGGGAGCUCAGCCCAGUCCAUACGUCAUGUACCGCUUCUUCACCUUCUCUGACCACGACACUGCCAUCGUUCCAGCCAGUAACAGUCCCUACUUUAGAGACCAGGCUCGGUUCCCAGUGCUUGUCACCUCUGAUCUGGAUCAGUAUCUGAGGCGGGAGGCCCUGUGCAUCUACGUUUUUGAUGAUGAAGAGUCAGAGCCUGGCCUGUACCUGGGCCGAGCUCAGGUGCCCUUGCUGCCUCUUGCACAGAACCAAUCUGUAAAAGGGGAUUUUAACCUCACUGACCCUGCAGAGAAACCCAAUGGAACUAUCCAAGUGCACCUGGAUUGGAAGUCGCACUACCUACCUCCUGAGACCGUCCUGAAAGCAGAAGCACAGGAUAAGGAAAGGGACACCAAGGGUGGUUUAGAGAUCUUGUCUGAAGAGGAAAAGCCUGCCUUUCCUCCACAGAACCAGGUGACAUCUGCCGAGAUUCCCAUUGAAGCUGGCCAGUAUCACGUAAAGAGAAAACUUCCUCAGGUGGGAGAAAGAAAGGAAAAGGAACGCCAGGUUGCCACCUACUCAAGAAGAAAACAUGGCAAAAGAAUAGGUGCCCAAGGAAAGAACAGGAUGGAGUAUCUUAGUCGUAACAUCUUAAAUGGGAAUACGUUGCAACAGGUGAACUACACUGAGUUGAAGUUCUCAGGGCUUAAGAUCACCGAAGAUGAUGGUCUUAAAAGUCAGCACACAGAGGAGACCAUGUCCUCUCAGCCAGCACCGAAGUGCAAGGAAUCCCUGCAUCCCGUAAAUGAUGCAGAAUCCUGUGAUCAAGCUUCUGAAGUCAGUGAAGCACAGACGACAGACAGCGAUGACGUCGUGGUGCCACCCGUAUCUGAGAAAUGUCCCAAAGCAGAUUCAGAGAAAAUGUGCAUUGAGAUUGUCUCUCUGGCCUUCAACGAGGAGGCUGAAGUGAUGUUUGAUGAGAACAUAAAGCAGGUGUACGUGGAGUACAGGUUCUGUGAUCUGCCCUGGUCAGAGACAGAGACGCCAAUAUCCCUGAGGAAGCCAAGGGCCGGAGAGGAAAUCCACUUCCACUUCAGCAAGGUGAUAGACCUGGACCCACUGGAACAGCAGGGCCGGAGGCAGUUUCUGUUCACUAUGCUGACUGGACAAGAUCCCGAGGAAGGACAUUUAAAGUUUACAGUGGUAAGUGAUCCUAUCGAUCAAGAAAAAGAAUGUCAAGAAGUGGGAUAUGCAUAUCUUGAGCUGUGGCAGAUCCUGGAGUCGGGAAGAGACAUCCUAGAGCAAGAGCUGGACAUUGUUAGUCCUCAAGACAAGGCCACCCCAAUAGGGAGGCUGAAGGUUUCCCUUCAAGCAGCUGCUGCCCUCCAUGCUAUUUACAAGGAGAUGACUGAAGAUUUGUAUUCAUGAAGGAACAAAAGCUAUUCCAAUCUAAAA